GACAACAACUCUCGCUUCACUCGCCGGAGGGGAACGGAGCAAAGAUGGCCAUGGCGGCGGCGGCGGCGGCGGCGGCGACGAUGCGUCUGUCUUCCCCGUUCAGGGCCCCGCCUCUCCGUCCUCCCUGCCACCGCGUCGUCCCGUCGAGGCGGGGCCCCAGGCGAGCCGGGCUGGCCGUCUCGGCGGCCGCCGGCGGGUCGCCCCCCACCGUGCUCGUCACCGGCGCCGGAGGACGAACAGGCCAAAUUGUGUACAAGAAGCUGAAGGAGAGGGCAGACCAGUUUGUGGCCAGGGGGCUAGUCAGGACGCCGGACAGCAAGGGCAAGAUAGGCAGUGGCGACGACGUGUUCAUCGGCGACAUCAGGGAUCCUGGGAGCAUUGCUCCGGCUAUUGAGGGCAUCGACGCGCUCAUCAUCCUCACCAGCGGGGUCCCGAAGAUGAAGCCAGGGUUCGAUCCUAGCAAGGGUGGACGGCCGGAGUUUUACUUCGAGGAAGGGUCUGAUCCUGAGCAGGUGGAUUGGAUAGGCCAAAAGAACCAAAUAGAUGCUGCCAAGAGCAUUGGUGUAAAGCAGAUCAUUUUGGUUGGAUCCAUGGGCGGAACAGAUAUCAACCAUCCAUUAAACAAGCUUGGGAAUGGGAAUAUACUGGUGUGGAAACGGAAGGCAGAACAGUACCUAGCGGACUCUGGUCUACCAUACACAAUUAUAAGGGCUGGAGGACUGCAAGACAAAGAUGGUGGUGUGCGUGAGUUGAUUGUUGGAAAGGAUGACGAGAUCUUGAAGACGGAAACAAAAACUAUUGCCAGGGCAGAUGUUGCAGAAGUUUGCAUACAGGCCUUGCUAUUUGAGGAAGCAAAGUUCAAGGCGUUUGAUCUGGCUUCAAAACCUGAAGGUGAAGGAACACCAACGACAGACUUUAAGUCUGUUUUUGCACAAAUGGCUACUCGCUUCUAAGAAGACAAGAUCAUUCUGGCCAAUGAAAUGGGGACAGUUCUUUAAAUUAGGCGAUAUGGAAUUUAUACCUGGUCAGGAGGCUCCCGUCUGAUAUGAGCAAGUAGCAAAGUUAGGGAAGCACACACCUUGGUUAUUGAGCAGCAGCAUCAGAUCCAAUGCUUUGAGAGAAUGGUUGUUCCAUCAGAUUGAAUGCUUUGAGAGAAUGGUCGUUCCUCAUCAGAUCCAAUGGUUGUGGUGGUGUGUACUAAGUUUGUUGUUCCUCUUGUUCCUUGUGGCUUUGUUCCCAACGUCAGCCAUGGUGAUUGUGACAGAGAAUAAGUCCAGAUUACAAGCAAUUAUCAUGUCGAUUAGUUCUAGGCCCGGCUGUGUAUCAGAGGCAUAAAAAAGUGUUUAUUAGGAACGCUUGCCUGGGCUUCAACAUUAUUAAAGUUCCUAAUUGAAUAGUUAAAACAAAUCUGAGGUAAUCGAAAAAAAAGGAGAUGCACUAUUCAAAGAAAAUUUUCUUUCUUUUCCA